CAGGCGGCGGAGUCUGCGUAAGAGCGUUGCGUGAAUCGCCCAGCUGCGCAUGCGCGGCAAGGGAAGGUGACGGUGCUGUUUUGAGCGGGGGAGGGAAAAGCUUCGGCGGCCACCACUUUUUCUCUCGUCAUCGGGCAUUUCUCGUCUGGCCGCGGCCAUGAGCUACGACCGGGCUAUUACCGUGUUCUCCCCUGACGGGCACCUUUUCCAAGUCGAAUACGCCCAGGAGGCCGUGAAAAAGGGCUCCACUGCGGUUGGAGUACGAGGAAAAGAUAUUGUUGUUCUUGGCGUGGAGAAGAAAUCUGUGGCAAAACUUCAGGAUGAAAGAACUGUCCGAAAGAUCUGUGCCCUUGAUGACAAUGUCUGCAUGGCUUUUGCAGGGCUCACAGCAGAUGCCAGGAUAGUUAUAAAUAGAGCUCGGGUGGAAUGUCAAAGCCAUAGACUUACAGUGGAGGAUCCUGUCACUGUGGAGUAUAUCACAAGGUAUAUUGCUAGUCUGAAGCAGCGAUACACCCAGAGUAAUGGCCGCAGACCUUUUGGUAUUUCUGCCCUAAUUGUAGGAUUUGACUUUGAUGGAACUCCGAGACUUUACCAGACUGAUCCUUCUGGCACAUAUCAUGCUUGGAAAGCUAAUGCUAUUGGCAGAGGAGCAAAGUCAGUGCGUGAAUUUUUGGAAAAAAACUACACUGAUGAAGCUAUUGAAACAGAUGAUUUGACCAUUAAACUUGUUAUAAAAGCCCUUCUUGAAGUUGUACAGUCCGGUGGAAAAAAUAUUGAGCUGGCUGUUAUGAGAAGAAACCAGCCUCUCAAGAUCUUGAGUCCUGAUGAAAUUGAAAAGUAUGUUGCUGAAAUUGAAAAGGAGAAGGAGGAAAAUGAGAAGAAGAAACAGAAGAAAACAGCAUCAUGAUAAAUGAAAUUCAACUGCCUGUAGCUGGUUUUGGUUUUUAAAUCAAUCAUGAGUUCUGUAUAGAUGUGUAGGCAUUCCAUUUUUCUGUUCUGUGCCUCUUUCAUGGGGCCUGUAAUAAACCAUCUGGUUUUUUAUGCCUGUUA